AUGUAUCCUAUUGGCCGGGUAGCAUACCCGGCAUCCUCGCAAUUCAGUGGAGGCCCUUGGAAUCCGAAGGCAGCAGCCCAGCGCGUUGAGAAAAUGGUCAUGACUGUCGAGCAGAGAACACGCGCCUUUGAGACGAGCGAACAGCGCAAGACGACAUGGGCGAAGCAAUCUGAUGGCGUGCUACGCUACGAGCUCGAGCAGGAGGUGAAGAUUUGCUUCGUCGGUGUGGCUGGCGGUGGAAAAUCAUCUCUGUUGAAUGCAUUGCUCGGAAUGGAUGUCGUGCCAACGAGUGGCCAACAAGCUUGCACGGCCGCACCUAUGCGUAUCCAAUACCACAACUCUUCCGCGAUCGUCGCCCAUGUUGAAUUCCUCACGCAACAAGAAUGGCUAGACGAACUUCGUCUCCUGUUCUCGUCGCUUGUAGACGAGAACGGACGUAUGAAGUCGAACGAGGAUAUGGGGAAGGAUGGUGCUGCAGCGCUUCAGAAGCUUCGCGUCCUAUGCCCCUCUGUGACCAACGACCAGAUCGUUGAGUGGUCACGAGAUGCGGGUCUUUUUCUCCAGCAUAACCCUGAUGUUCAUAUGUAUCUCGGGCAGAACGUGUGCAUUUCUGGUACAGAUGCGCAGAAUUUUCAAGCCAAUCUCGCCCCUUUCGCAUCGUCAAAAGACGCUCGCCGAGGAUUGGAGCCUCUGUUCUGGCCCCUCGUUCGCAUAAUUACCUUACGAUGCAACGCUCCCGCAAUAGCGGAUGGUGCUAUUCUUCUGGAUCUCCCCGGCGCGGGGGACAGCAAUCGCGCAAGAGUUCAGGUCGCUGAGAAAUGGAUGAAGGACUGCAAGUUCGUUUUCAUCGUCGCUCCGAUACAGCGAGCUGUUGAUGAUAAGAUCGCGCGAGGUGAAUCUACUGGGGGAUGCAUUUCGUUAUCAACUACUAAUGGGUACGUGUGGCUCAACCACCCUGGUGUGGGUACAUUGCUGACGGUCGCUUCAAUCAUUGCAGACGGGCGUUACGAUGACCACGCGAUUACGAUGAUAGCGACGAAAUGCGACGACGUUUCGGCCGCGGAAGUCAUGCGCGAUCUGAGGCUACGUCGAGAGCCCGACUUUGACGCUCUCUGUGCCGAACGCGAUCGAGUCGAAGCGGAGUGCCACCGAUAUGAGGCGCUGAAGGCAGCAAAGGAGGAUGAAGGCGAUCACAUGAGCUACCCGGAGUAUAUCAGUCACUCGAAUUCGAAGAAGCGACUAGACGAGCUUGAGAGGAGCAUUGACGCCUAUUGCGCAAAGAAGCGAUCCGCUUGGACAGUCAAUGCGGUCCAACAAGACUUCCGGCAAGGCUUACAUGAUAUCGAUGGCAUGGCCGCCGAAACUCGCGAUCCGGCGAGCUUCGACCCUUCGGCCCACAACAGAGACUACUCGGCAGUCAGUAUUACAGUGCUUCCUUGCUCUGCUCGUGACUAUAUACGCCUCAAGGGCAUCGUGCCAGGCGACAGCAAAAGGACAACUUUCAGUACUGUCGACGAUACGGGUGUACCUGCCAUCAUAUCGUGGAUUCGCGAGCUAGCGCAGUCCGGCGUGGGUAAGCGAGCCGUGCACAAGCUGGAACUUGCGAGGGGAUACCUCACAUCCGUCCGGAACUUCUGUGAAGAGACUUCGAUGCAUGGGGACGCCACUGAACACUCUGCGCACUCGUACAACGGCAGCUUCAGCAACCUCGACCUUGUCAUGCAACAUCGUGCAGAAGCUGGGCGCCAUGCGCCACGAACAACUACUCCUGCUGGUCGAGCACCUUUCUCUAGCUCUACUGAGAUUGGGAAGUUCCUGUACGAUGAACUCAUCAAUAUGGCUAUCACGUUCGCUCAAGGGAUGCGAGCUCGUAUGGGGAACAUCUUGACUGCUCUUCUCAUGUCUGGAGCAGACCGCUCGGCUGAAGCGGCAUCUCAAGCAUUCUGGACUCUGGUCAACACCAUGCAUUUUCAGACGAUGCGAGCAGCCUUCGUGAGGGAAGGCGAAUACAGGAAUAAGCGGGGAGAAUACGACUUCAACUGGGCCGAGAUCGAGCCAAUGCAAAAGCACAUUGCGAAGGGCUGGAGUCAAGUCUUCAAUGUCAACCACGUCGCGCCCCUCGCGGCAAGCUACAGGAUCAUCAUCGACCAAGCGUUUGCUUUGCUUCCUCAGCACGUUUGGAGCCACCCCAAGUGCGGUGCGGUCUACAACAGCUGCUGCGAGCAGGCGCGCGUCACUUUCUCGGGGCUAUCUGACAGCUCGAGUACGCUGCUUGGCGACGGCCAACGGUCGGCGUCGCGAGAGUUAAAACCCUCAGUUCGACGGCGCCUGACUCCUGGUUACUUUGAGACUCUGGAUCUCCGACCGAAAGGAGCAGGUAUAGUACAGCGACAGAAGGAUUUCUUUGCCGCAUAUGUCGAUCAGUGCAAGACCAAUAUGUUCCAUAGCGCCGGACGCGAGAUGCUGCAGAAACUCGAGAAGCCGAUGGACGAACUCAAGCAAUCCCUCGUGAACGAGAUGAAGGUUCUGGCGCAGCAGGCGGGUGGCAGCUCUCACUUACUGUACUGCAUCACUGAACACAUGCAUUGCAGCUCGAGGCGAACAUGUCCACUUUAUGGGAGCAACAAAACACCAUGA